ACAGUUUUCAAGUAUAACCUUUCUUUUACGCGCCGAACGUCUUGCUCCCAAAAACGUGUCCCGUGUUGCUUCUAAAUUUUAUUUUUGAAUCUAGGAAUUAUGGCGGAUAUCGAAAUCAAGAAGGAAAAGAAAAAGAAAAAAAUCAAGGAAGAACCUAUUGAUUUGGAUGAUAUUGGUGUUUUGCAGAAAACUGGUGACUUUUCGGUGAAACCAUCGGAAAAAACGGCCAAGUUAGAUGCUUCACAAUGGCCAUUGCUAUUGAAAAGUUUUGACAAGUUGAACGUACGAACAAACCACUAUACACCAUUACCACAUGGUUCCUCUCCACUGAGUAGAGAUAUUAAGGAGUAUAUGAAGUCCGGCUUCAUUAAUUUAGAUAAACCAUCUAACCCCAGUUCACAUGAAGUAGUCGCAUGGAUAAAAAAAAUUUUGAAGGUUGAGAAAACUGGGCACUCUGGCACUCUCGAUCCGAAAGUCACUGGCUGUCUCAUUGUAUGUAUUGAUCGUGCCACGCGGCUAGUUAAAUCACAACAGAGUGCUGGCAAAGAGUAUGUAGCUAUCUUCAAAUUACAUUCGCCAGUCGAAUCGGUGGCUAAAGUUCGUCAAGGCUUGGAAAAGUUACGUGGUGCUCUUUUUCAACGACCACCCUUAAUUUCUGCAGUGAAAAGGCAGUUGCGGGUGCGUACUGUUUACGAUAGCAAACUACUAGACUAUGAUGAAGCGCGAAAUAUGGGUGUUUUUUGGGUUAGCUGUGAGGCUGGAUCUUACAUUCGAACCAUGUGCGUGCAUUUAGGCCUAGUCUUAGGCGUGGGAGGACAAAUGUUGGAAUUGAGACGUGUACGUUCGGGAAUACAGUCUGAACGCGAUGGUAUGGUCACCAUGCAUGAUGUAUUAGAUGCUAUGUACCUGUAUGAAAAUCACAAGGAUGAGACUAUGCUUCGGCGGGUAAUUAAACCUUUGGAAGGCUUACUUGUAAACCACAAGCGUAUCAUUAUGAAAGAUAGUUCGGUGAAUGCCGUGUGUUAUGGUGCCAAAAUUAUGUUACCUGGUGUUUUACGCUACGAAGAUGGUAUAGAGAUAGAUCAAGAAAUUGUCAUCGUAACUACUAAAGGUGAGGCGAUAUGUUUAGCAAUCGCACAGAUGACUACAGCAACAAUGGCAUCAUGUGAUCACGGUGUCGUGGCAAAGAUUAAACGAGUUAUAAUGGAGAGAGAUACUUACCCGCGUAAAUGGGGUUUGGGACCAAAGGCAUCGGCAAAGAAAGCGCUGAUAACGGCAGGGAAAUUGGACAAAUAUGGCCGCCCGAAUGAAAAUACUCCAAAAGAGUGGCUAACUGGUUUCGUUGAUUACAGUGCAAACAAACCAGCGCCAGCCGUAGCACCGCGAAGUGCACCAACAAAUGGUGCCAGUGCAGAAGAGGGUAAAAAGCGCAAACUUAGUGCAUCUAGCCAAGAUGAAAAUACCGCAGUAGUGACAGAUGCUGGUGUGGAAAAGAGUGAAAAGAAAAAGAAGAAGAAACACAAAUCAGAUAAAGAGGCUGCAGAAGAAAGCACGCAGGGUGUUGAUGCUGAAGAGACACAGGCGUCAGAAAAGAAAGAAAAGAAAAAGAAGAAGAAAAAGGAUAAAGAUAGGGAAAAGGAUGACCAGGAGUAAAAAUGGAUUUUAGCUUACACCUCAAUGAUUUAUUUUUCGUAUUCAUUAAGUAACUGCGUAAUAUGUUCAGUAAAGUUUGGUUUUUUUUUUCAAAACAGUUAUUUAAAUGCGAAGUCGGCUGAAAGAAUCUGUAUACUUAAAUAUAGCGCUUUCUAUAUUUUUGUACUAUUUGAUACAACAAGUUUAUUCGUUUUUAGUUCCAAUACAUUACAAUUAUUGUAGAUAUAAGGUUAAAUAAGUCUUAAAUGUAAACUUCACUGCAAUUUUUCAUGCUGUGCAAAUGUGUUAAAGGCUGCUUACUAAAAAUACAUUAGUAUAUAGAAAACAUCGCUUUAUUUAUAUCGAUUAAUGGCCCUAUUAUGUGUGGCGACUGAUAGCUGAUGUGCAACCAUCUACUCAAAUUCGCAUUACGUAUGGCAACUGGCUACUGACUGUCGGCUACUGAGUCUAGUAGUGCAACCUUCUCUUUCCCCCUUAUGACAAUUUUUUUAUUUGUUAACACAAAUAGUUAAACACAUUGGAAAGUUGCCAAUUACUAAGCAAUGUACAUGUCAAAAAAGUAGAUUCAGAUGUUGUCUGCGCUUUUCUGUCUACUGAGAUUAAUCGCUACACAUAAUACAAAGUACGAUACUGGUAGGCAUGGCCACUAGACCGGCAACUAGACACCAGUCGCCAUAUACAAUAUGGCCAUAAGUUUUAUGACAUUUUCGCCAUAAUAUUUGGGUCACGAAAGUUCCACAUAGAGGUAUGUAAAAUAAUUUCCGAAUCUUUUACGUAUCUGAUUUUGGCGAAGCGAACGGUUUGGUGGAGCGAAUUUAAGGGCAGGGAAGGCAUUAAAAGUUUUCGCGAUGCAAAGAACUUCCACAAGCUGGUAAAAAAGAACACUCUUAAUGCAUAUUUAAGUUGCGUCCGCCAAUCCAUUCGCUUCGCCAAACCGUUCGCUUCGCCAAAUUCAUUCGCUUCGCAGGUGAUAAUACCGCCCUUAUAUGCAUAAAUUUAGUAAAAGAAGUUUUUUAUUUCACAGAAUCGGAGGAUUUCAUGCUAUGUACUAUAUAAUUUUUUUGGAGCCAACAAAUAAUCUAAAGCGCAAGCCCAAAGAUAGGGUAAGUUUUAAACCUAAGGCUUCAAUGAAGAACUAACUUUCGCCCCUAACUGAAGAUUUUUACACGAUGAAUGCGAUUGAUUGAUCUUACUGGGGUGGUGGAGUUAGUGUUGUGUUGCUAAUCUGAACUCUUUUGUGUCGUGGAGGCGGUUCGGUUUGUGCAGCAUGGGGCCACGAAUGACGCGGUCCACUGCGGAUGAGACCUAACACCUGAGCAAGUGCUGAGAUGACUCCACCUUCACCCCUAACUGAAAAUAUUUACACGAUGAAUGCGAUUUAUUGGUCUUUAAUUUAAUUUAAUCUUUUUCCCUGUUUAUAAAUUGCCUAAUUGAAAUGUAAUUUGUUUCUAGGUUCGCUCAUUGCAUCAGGUGUGUUUCACGAUCUUAAUUAUCACAUAAAAUGUUCGCUCAUUGCAUCACGUGUGUUCUACGAUCUAAAUUAUCAUUUAAAAUGUUCGCUCAUGUGAUGUAACGAUCUAAAUUAUCAUUUAAAAUGAAGACAAUGACAAUGUUCAGUAAGAAGCCGCUAAGUUCAUCGGAUUGGUGAUUGUGCGAUCACCAAAAUUUUGAGGAAAUAUUGCUAUCGAAACUGAUAACGUAACAUAGUCGGAUGAGCAAGGUCAUCUAGAAGACUAA